AUGUCUCUUUUUGGGAGACAAUCUCAAGGCCAGGAUGUUCGUGCAAAGUUAGAGAGGAAACUUUACAUCGCUCGAGAAUCACCUGAUCCGGAGUUUGAUCUAUCUGACUGUCAGCUUAAACGUUUACCUGCCGGUAUAUUUUCUAUUUGUAAGGUAUUUAGAAAAGAUAAUUUAUAUCUGCACAAUAACCAACUACAAUCACUUGAAGAGGGAGGACAACUAUCAGAUCUUCAACUUGUUAAAGUUGUUAAUUUAAGUUGCAAUAAAUUUUAUAGACUGCCGAAUAAUAUACGAUUUUUGGUGAGUCUUACCGAGCUGUAUCUUCAAAAUAAUUACCUAGAAUCUCUACCGGAAGGAUUUAAGUAUCUGGAAGUUUUAAAAAUUUUAGAUGUAUCCAACAAUAAGUUAAAGAGUCUCAAUCCAUCACUUGGUAACUUAAAAUGCUUGUCUGUUUUCAAAAUAACUGGAAAUAUUGAUUUAAAUAGGCUCUGUCCAGAACUGUGUUUUGCUACCAAUUUACAGACAAUAGAAUUAGAUGGAGAAAAUUUUAUAUAUCCUCCUAUUGAAAUUGCUACCAAGACUACAGAAGAUAUAAUGAAAUAUUUAUGUUCAGAUAUGAAUAUUCAAUAUAGACCUCCUCAAGUAACAACUGAGCUGCAGUCACCGUUACCAAACAAAAUUCAUAAUCCCUUUGGUAAACAAUUAGGCAUUACGUGGGAACAACAAGAGUCAGCAAUGAUUGAUCAAGAAAACAAACUUCAUCUAGCAAAUCAAAAGCAAAGGGAAAAGUUUUUGUCAACAUUAUUACAAGAGCAAAAAGAUUUAGAUGAUGAAAUAUCAAAAAUCCAAGAAAAUAGGGAGUCGGAAAGACGAAACUUGAUGAAAACUAUACAAAGAGAAGAACAAGAGAUAGAGUGUAUAGUAAGAAAUUUCAUACAAUCAGAAAAACAAAACCCAGAAGUAAUUCAACAACAGUUAGUAUAUGAGCAGUUGGAACAUGAUCGUUUGCUCGAAAUCGCCAGACAAAAUUAUGACAAUGUGAAAAGAUCUGACAUUAUAGCAAAGAUGAAGGAGUUGUUAGAAAAAGACUGUUCUAUUAAUUACUAUAAAAGACACUAUAAGGAUAAUUUAAAUAAUGUUAAACAGAAUUUAUUAAUUCAGGAAUCUGAAGGGGCAGUCAAAUUGGAAGAACUUUUGAAUGCUAGAGAUGAAAUGCGUACAGAUUUGGUGCAACAGCUAUUGGAAGACCAAGAUGUCCAACAAGCGAUGGUGUCUAGUUUGUUGGACAGAGUUGACGCUAAAAGUUGGAGCCUUAGUCAGGAAAUAUCAUUAAUUUCUAUGCAUCUGUCCAGACUCAGCAUAAUUGAACAAGAAAAGAAGAAAAUAAACAUGGCAUUUAAUUAUAAUGAAUUUUUACAGCAGCGGAUGAAGUUGGUAGGUCUUUUAGAUGAUCUUUUAGACCAGAAGAAUUUGAGAAGAAAACAAUUAAUAAACACACUCAAGGAAGCAGAAAGUGAAGGAAACUAUGCACAUGACUUUUGGCUUAAAAGUUAUCAAAAAGUGUUAGAUGCUGCUCCCAAGUCAUUGUUAAAUGUGGGAAAGUUGGAUCCUGUUCUUGCAAAUUAUUUGUUACAAGAAGGUGUUAUACAUUGUUUGCCAUUCUUGGUGAAACUGUUAAUUUCAGGUAAAUCUUUACUUGAAAUAAAUAACGAAAAUUUAAAGGAUAAUGGAGUUUCCUUCACCUUAGAUAGAGAAGGUAUUUUGAGAGCUUUAAAGUUGUAUGUAGAAUUUGGUUCAGAUAUAAUGAAUGAGCCAGGUCAAAUUAGGUCUACAGAAGAUACAAGUUUGUCUGAUGCUUUGGAGAAUAAAACCUUGGGAGUCCUUAAAGCUAAUGAAACCGAUAGCUCAGUAGUUGAGGGUGAAUGUGUUGUUUGUAUGGACACAAAGUCUGAGGUAGUUUUUGUACCAUGUGGUCACAUGUGUUGUUGUCAACCCUGUUCACAGAAUGAGUUGGAAACCUGUCCCAUGUGCAGAAUAAACAUAGAGAGAAAAAUUAAAGUCAUCCUUUCCUAA